UCAGGUAUCACACACAAUCUCACUUGGAUUAUUUACCUUGAUAAAGUUUAACAGUAAUAAAGUUUUUCUAUCACCAAUAUACUAUUUUACAACUAUCAUUCACACAUAUCGAAGAAGUUAAAAAAUGUCAGCACACUCCAUGUCCUUGUUUUUCCUUCCAAACCUUUUCUUUUAAUGCUGCCCGUAUUUUGCCAGCUUGGACAGAGGUAUCCUUGACUCUUGCACAGCUACGCAUAUUCAAUAGCUGACGCACAGUUUCCCUAUCCCGCCGUCCACUUAUGUUAUUGCUCAAAUCUAGUUGCAUUGGUAAGGCUUCAUCACAUUCAAUACAAAUAUUGUGGAGUACAAUACAUGCUAACCUGAAGUUCAGGCCCUAAUCACAGAAUAGGGCCUGACACAAAACCUAUCUGAAGUGUGGGAUUCCCGUCCAUCUGGUGGACGGGAAAUCUGAUUGGUUGAUCAGCAUCAUGAAGGAUUUUGAUUGGUUGCAAGUUUACAUAAACAACAGUUUUAAAAAUAGCUCGGCCAAGGCAACAAUUAAUAUAAAGGUCAAACUCACGUACAAAUUCCCAUUAUCGAUUUCUUCGAAUUUCUUUUUCUUUCAUGCUUUAUGGCGGAAAAUAAAUCAAACAAACAGUAUUUCGGAAGGGCUUUAUCAAAACCUUGGACGAAUUUUGGACACACGACGCCGAAAGAACAGCCAAACUAGUCAUGUAUUCGAAAGCUUGUUGUUGACAGCCACUGAGAUGUUCUGCCAACUGGCUUCGCCGGCAAAAGUCUUAUUUUUAAUAUCAGGUCCUACCGGCGUUGUUUUCUGAGCUACAUCGCCUUCUUCGUGGUACGAUUGAGAAUUUCAUUGUUGUUGUUAGCCCGUUUUAAUAAAGUAUAUCCCUAAUAUCCGCGUCCAGCAAGUUGAGACCUUGAGAAAGCUUGGCAGUCAAGCCGUGCACAGAACUGACUAAUUAAAUCUUUGUUUGCUGUUCGGUUAAAUAGAGAAACUGAAUCUUAUUUAUAUAAAAAUACCUUGAAUUUUUAAGUUUAAUUAUAAAGCAAAAUGCACACUCUGCGGACAUGUUCAUGAGAAUAUAAUUUUUUGUGUAACGAAAUCUACAACACUUGUCAAUCAUAUUGCAUGUUGUGUCUAAAAAUAACAUGUGGGCGUCCCACGGUCUAGACAGGUUUUGUGUCAGGCCCUAUUUCAAAUUAGGGCCUGAACUUCAGGUUAAAUACAUGCUAAUGUUAUUGCUUUCAUUGUGUCCUCAUUACAUUCACUUUUUCUGUGCAAUACUCUAAAUCUCCCUUUUAGUUGACCAUAUGCACAUUCAGUAACCAUCCUUGCACGAGACAAGCGGUAAUUAAAGUACCUUUCUUCUGGAGUAAGAAUUGCACAGGUAUAUGGCUUCAUUAGCCAGGUAGAAAAUGGAAAUGCAGAAUCUGCAACCACUAAUGGGCCAACUUCGACAUUACCAAUCUUUUUUGAAAUUGUAGGAAUCAAAUCAUUUUCAUUAAUGUCUUUCCACAGUUGGGUGGCCUGCAAUAUCAUAGAGUCAUGGGUAUUUCCCGGGAAACCAGCACUGGCCCAUAUAAAACGAUAUUUCGCAUCUAUGAGACCCAUUAGCACUAUGGAAUAAAAAUUUUUAAAGUUAUGAUAUUCUUUGGCAGCUUCACCACCUCCAGCAGGACAUUUUAUUGAAAUGUGGCAUCCAUCAAUUGCUGCCCAACAGCAAGGAAAUUGCCAUCUUUCUUCCAUAUCAAUUAUUUUUUCCUGCACCUGUUCUUCAGAUGUGGGAAAAUGGGCAGAAACAGAGGAGGACCAAAGGUUAAUGACAAUUGCUUCACAAACCUCGUUCACUAUGCCUUGUAUCGUGGCAGUACCAAGACCAGACAUCUCCGAAAGCGUGUAGUAAUAAUCGCCACGUGCUAAUCUAUACAAGCAAAUGGCAAGUCGACAUUCCGGUGAUACUGGUUCUUCUGUUGUUGCAGGUUUCACUAAAUUCGUUAUUAUUUUGUCAAGAAUCAUAAGAAAAGUUGUUCGUGAUAACCGGAAGGUAUUCUUGAAUCGUUUGUCGGAAUAUUCUGUCCAAAUAUACGUCCACCAACUAUGCCAAGUUGUCGUUCUUUCUAAACGCCGACAUGUUCGAAUUCGUGGUCGUUUAGGCUUGACCAUUAGAAGGGAAUGCAUUGAUAUGCAAAGCUGUAGUAGCUUCUUUUUUCGUCCCAAAAUAAAAUGUAGUAUUCGGAGUUGUUUCUGCCUUCGCUCCCUUCUUAUUUUUAAUAUUUGUCUUACUAUUAGAGCCUUGUUAAUUGCCGCCAUUUCUUGCAACAAAAACAAGCACCUUUGAACGUAUUACUUGAAGUAUCAUGCCGUUUUGAGCGCGCUUGUAUGUUUGGGAGACUGGGAAAUGGACGCUUUUGCGUUCUUUGCGACGUAUUAAAUCUAUCGUCUAAACUGAUUAAUUCGAUCUGCCGCAUUUCCGUCGCAUUUCGGUUGCAUUAAAUGCGACGAAUUAAAUUCGACGGAAAUUCGACGUAUAAACCAGGCCUAAGGUAUUCAUGACGUAUUUAAUUAAUGAAAUAAGGUACUUGAUGUAAUUAUGAAUAUAAGUAGGUCAUGAGCAAUGCGCAUAAACAAAAUACAUGGCAAGGACAUGUAUAACAAGCGAAAUAUAAAAGAAUGUAAUUUCGACUCAUCUCAGACAAUCCUGGACAAAACAUCUGCGACACUUCCAAUUAUACUUGACAAAAUAUCGUAAUGUUAUCAUAAAUUUAGAAAACCUCCCCCUUUCCCCCACCAUUCAAUGUUGAUUGGAUUCGUAGAAUACGGAUAAAACGUCCAACAUUGUUUUGGGGGGCGGAGGGGGGCAAACGAGUAAAUUAUUCCGGUCUAACUGGUAAAAAAAGCCACAAAGGAAUGUUUUAAUAGAGUGUCGCAGAUGGUUUUGUCCAGGAUUGUAGCGUUGCAACACCAGAACAAAUAGUGAAGGAAAUUUGGGGGACAUCCUCUAUGCACGAUAAAAUAAGUACUAUAAAUAGACUCUGAAGAUUUCAUUUAUUCUAGAUUGGAAUAGUUGGCAGAACAGGCUCUGGUAAAUCUACUCUUACAAUGGCUUUGUUCCGAAUAUUAGAAGCAGCCAAAGGCAGGAUUGUAAUUGAUGGCAUUGAUAUCUCAGAUAUUGGACUACAUGGCUUGCGCUCGAAGAUCACCAUUAUUCCUCAGGUAAAUUUUCCACACGUAAUUGUAUCUGUGCGGAUUAUUUAUAGCAUGUGUAGGGUCAUUGCGAGCAUAGUCGAAAGAGCCUGGGUACGAGGUUGCUUUACAAUUACAUCAAGUAUCACGCUUACCUCAUUACUUACUGAGCCUAGACUAUUUUAUCUUUACAACAAUUGUGAUAUUACUUUCUCAAAUUCAUUAAUAAUUCAUGAGUAAUCCAGCCAAUGAUAAUCACCUAUUUGAUCACAAGAUGCCAUUUGGAUACUUGAUGAAAGUCACUAGUGUUUUCAUCAAAUAUCUUAAUUACGCAUGCAAAAUUAAUUGAAUAGAAUUCCUAAUUGCGUUAUGCUUGGUUAAGAAUUCUAUUCAAAUCAGCAAAAGAAAACAUUCUGUUACGUCUCGAUUCAUUUGAGAAGCCAUAUAAACAACUCGAGCUCGUGUCUCACCAGGAUAUCCAAACACUCGAAAACAAUGUAUGAAAACACUCGCGCUUCGCGCUAUUGUUUUCAUACAUUGUUUUCUCGUGUUUGGAUAUCCCGGUGAAACACUCGCUCUCGUUGUUCAUAUAUUACUUCUUAAUUGAACUGUGUUUAUCCCAACCCACCCUGUCAACUUUCCCUGUGGGAGGAAACCGGCGCACCCAGAGAAAACCAACGACUUUCGGCAGAACGAUCACUGACUCUUUUCACGUGAGUCCGUAGCGAGAAUCAAACCCACGAUCUCAGAGAUGAAAGGCGCUUGCUCUGACAACUGCGCCACCGAAGCGCAAGUAGACGAUGCCAGGUCGCUUCUAUAGCCUGGCCACCACGCGGUCGCUUCUAUAGCCUGGCCACCACGCGGUCGCUUCUAUAGCCUGCCUGCUCGAGCUGUCUGCGGAGGAGAGUGGCCAGCUGUGGUAGCAACAUUGCCUAUUCAGAGAUACCUUGACUCUUUUACAAAAUUCACUCACUGACAACCAUUUUCAUAUUAAUCAUUUUCAAUGCUGUGUGCUCUUUUAAUGAUAAUGGGAUGGGCGUUACUCGUAUAAAGCCUUGUGGAAAGGUUCUUGACGUAUAGCCUUUUGUAAUUGUUGCAAUGAUAUUUUUAUAUUUGUAUAAAGCCACUAAAGUGUUCAACGCACCUAUAUGAAACCAAUAGGAAGCAGAUUUUAAAUAAAUCCUGGGGCCGGUUGUUCAAAGGUGGGUUAGUGCUAACCCUCGGUUAAAAUUUAACCCGCUGUUUUGGUAGGUGUAGAUCUGCACGUCUUCAUGUUUAUCUCAAAACGUUAUACAAAGACGUGAACUCCUAUCGAUCCAGACAAAAUUUCUGAAGAAACAUUUCCUGAUUUAUAGACAAGCUGUCGGGAAGUUUGCUUUUGAAUUUUAAGUUAACCUGCAUCACAGCAUGGGUUAUGCUAAUCGGCGUUUGAACAACCGUCGCCUGAUGGCUAAUCUCAGAAGCCAGUUUCUUUUUCACUACCUAUUUUUCUAUUUAGUAGCACAUAUUUAUCGGCCGUUGAGUUAUGGGAAAACAUUUAGGCCUAUAAGUUUCUCACCUUUAUAACUUUAUUACAGGUAAAGCGAUGAAAAACUUUGAAAACCAAUAUAUAGCACAACAAUAACAAUAAUAACACACCAUUUGUCUUUAUCAGGAUCCUAUAUUAUUUUCUGCUUCGUUGCGUUUUAAUUUGGAUCCAUUUGAGAAGCACACAGAUGAAGAGAUUUGGUCUGCGCUUGAGGUCGCUCAUCUCAAAUCGUUUGUGUCUGGCUUAGACAAUACUUUGAAUUAUGCUGUAGCUGAAGGUGGCGAGAAUCUGAGGUAAAAUAAUUUUAUUUAACAAUUAUUCGCCGAAGGCGAGGUGAUUAUCGGUGAAUAAAAGCCGAGACGAAGUCGAGGUUUUUAUUCACGAUAAUCACCGAGCCUGAGGUGAAUAAUUGUUUUAGUAUAAUUUCAUAGGUGAUUAUUUGGGAAAAAUAAGAAAAUACACAUUUCUUCGUCAUUUAAUUGACAAAAAGGCUUCGGCCGCCAUUUUGAAAAUCGCUUAGGUGAUUAUCGCGUAAUAAUCACCUCAUAGGCAACCAAUCAGCGUGGAGAAUUUUCAAUAAUCACCUAUGUAAUUAUACUAAAUAUAUAUAUAUAUAUAUAUAUAUAUAUAUAUAUAUAUAUAUAUAUAUAUAUAUAUAUAUAUAUAUAUAUAUAUAUAAUAUACAUAUAUAUAUAUAUAUAUAUAUAUAUAUAUAUAUAUAUAUAUAUAUAUAUAUAUAUAUAUAUAUAUAUAUAUAUAUAUAUAAUUAAUGAAAGUUCUCCAGAUUGAAUUAUACUUUUAUUGAGCUUUCGACUCGGUACUUCUAAAGCUCAAUAAAAGUAUGAUUCAAUCCGGAGAACUUUCAUUAAUUAUAAUAUGCCUGGAUUACAAAUCUUUAAACAUGCUGCUAGCCAAUUAGCUGCAAGUGCUUGUAUCUAAUUAAACAAUUGUCGAGCAUUAUGAUUGGAUGAAAGUACUCGCAGUGAGCUGUCUUUACCAAGACUUACUCGCUAUACCAAGACUGUCAGAUUGACUCGCUUUACCAAGAAUACGAAGUUGUCAUAAAAAAUUCUGAGAAGUUUAAACAAUGUUCAUUUUAAGUAGUGACUAAAUUCCAAAUUUCUUUAAGCGGGUUUAAUGCCUUCUAUUAACAGUGGUUUAAUCAACUUACAUCUGUUAGGAUUAGGAAUGAUUUUUACAUACACUAGUGCUCUUCGGGAAUUUUGAGAUCAUAUUUAUUGUCUUUAGUGUUGGUCAACGUCAAUUAGUGUGUCUAGCUCGAGCUUUAUUACGGAGAACAAAAAUUUUGGUUCUGGAUGAAGCAACGGCUGCUGUAGAUUUAGAAACUGAUGAACUUAUUCAACAAACUAUUCGUAAAGAAUUUUCAGACUGUACUGUUCUUACUAUUGCACAUCGACUUAACACUAUCAUGGAUCAUACAAGGUAACUGUUGUUUAUCUGUUUUAAAUUGAAGUUAUUAUUGUGGAGGUUUUUACAAAAAUUCCAACAUGCUUCGGGUGAAUUCGGCUUUUUAACUUUGUGUUCUCAAAUUCAUUAAUAAUUCAUGAGCAAUUCAGCCAAUGAUAAUCACCUAUUUGAUCACAAGAUGCCAUUUGGAUAACUCAGUGAAACUUGAUGAAAAUCACUAGUGUUUUCAUCAAAUAUCUUAAUUACGCAUGCAAAAUUACUUGAAUAGAAUUCCUAAUCGAUUCAUUUGAGUAGCCAUAUAAACAACUCGAGCUCGUGUCUCACCGGGAUAUCCAAACACUCGAAAACAAUGUAUGAAAACACUCGCGCUUCGCGCUCGUGUUUUCAUACAUUGUUUUCUCGUGUUUGGAUAUCCCGGUGAAACACUCGCUCUCGUUGUUCAUAUAUUACUUCAAAGUUUUUCCGACCAUACCGUGUUCAGCGAUCUGAGAAGUCUUUUCCGAUCAUUUCAAAUCAAAAUUUGACGAACACCCCAAAUUUAAAACCAACUAAAAACUAAGUAGUGAUUUAAGAAAAAAAGUAUGUUUAAAUAAUAUCUGUAAAUCGGAUACUGACUCGUGAUUUACAUAAACGAUUUUCUCAGCUAAAGCGAACCUUGUCGCCAAAAUAAUUGGUAAACUUGAAUACUUAUGGAUGCAUUUGUAUUUCGCAUCCAAUCCAUCUCCCCCUCCCUCAGGAAGUCCCUCUCCAUGCAGAAGACAGGACGUAAGCAUUUGUAUAAUUUUCGUUCAUCGUUGGAUAUUGCAGACUUGACGAUCUUAAUGAAUAAAUAAAUAUAUAAUGAAUUAUUAUAUUACAAUUAAUAUAAUGAUAUAAGUGAAUUAUUUUUAUUUAUCUGCAGGAUUAUGGUUCUCUCUGAAGGACAAAUACUAGAAUUUGACACACCCGGUAAUUUGCUGGAGGUAAAAGGAGUAUUUUAUAAUAUGGCUAAAGAUUCAAAUCUUGUGUCAUAA